AUGUUCAAAGAUUACACACCCUAUGUUGGACUUUUACUAGUCUUGAUGAGCGCGUACCUCUACAACAGGCAGGAAGGCUGGCAGCGCAUCUCCCAAUUAGGCCCCGGAAUUCCUUUCAAAUGCGACCAGAAUUACACAGUGGAGAUUUUGUCCAUUGAUCCGCUUGCAAUUUAUCUCAACAAUUUCCUGAAUGACGCAGAAAUCCGAUAUCUACUUGCACUGGGGGAAAAUAUAUACAAGCCGUCGGAAGUGGCUUCCCACAGCGGGAUUAUUGUAAAUACGACAGUACGCAGCUCAGAGAGUGCCUUCCUACUAGAAGACGAUGCCGUAUGCAACUGUCUCAUAUCCCGCAUGAAGUCUCUACUCGGAAAUGUUCAACAUGAGCAUGUAGAGAGCCUGCAAAUGGUCAAAUAUGCAGCGGGCGGAGAUCGGUAUCGGCUGCACACUGAUUGGAGCGUAGCAGCCAAGAACAACACGGAUGAGGCGUCUGGAAAACUAAGGCAGAGUCGUCGUCUGGGCACCAUCUUCGUCUACUUGGAGGACAGCUGCGCUGGCGGCGAGACGUACUUUCCCCUGCUAACUGGCGUCUCCGAUGACGCAGAUGGGGAGAAGUUCGCGGUCGCAAAGCAGGGCGGAGGGCUUCUCGUCAGGCCGAAACGAGGAAAUGGGGUUUUCUGGAACAACAUUCACUCGAAUGGCACAGGUGACGAUCGGGUUGUCCACGCCGGCCUGCCAAUCAAAUCGGGCGUCAAAAUUGGACUGAACAUGUGGAGCACGUACUAUUUCGACUCUCCAGUAGUCGGUGGUUAG